AUGUUUGCCGCACUUGCUUUUGUUGGGGACAUCAUUGUGGGUGUAACGCUCCGCGUUUUGCAAAAAGCCUUAACUACAAAGAAAUUCUUCUUUCCAAAAGUUGCUGAUUUCGGUUUGGCCAAACUCUGUAACAGGGAAAAUACUCAUAUCACUAUGACAGGAGGAAGGGGGACUCCUGGUUACGCUGCACCAGAAAUAUGGAUGCCAUUUCCCAUAACCCACAAGUGUGGUGUUUAUAGCUUUGGGAUGUUAUUAUUUGAAAUCAUAGGUAGAAGAAGGAACCUAGACAGCCGUCUUUCAGAGAGCCAGGAAUGGUUCCCAAUGUGGAUCUGGAAAACGUUUGAAGAUGGAGAACUAGGAGAUCAAUUGACCAUAGUUUGUGGAGUGGAGGAGAAUCAUAGAGAAACGGCAGAGAGAAUGGUUAAAGUUGCUCUCUUGUGUGUUCAACAUAAGCCUGCAUCCAGGCCUGUGAUGAGUGCUGUUGUGAAGAUGUUGGAAGGAGCAGUAGAAAUUCCAACACCUUUAAGUCCAUUCCAGCACAUGUUGGAUGUUGCUCCUUUCCCUAAUGCAUCUUCCAAUCCAUUACAGACUGAUAGCACAUUUGAUUCAGAAUAUUCAUCUCAAACAGUUACAGGAUCUGGCUUUGUACGUGCUACUCCUGCGAUGAGGAAAUAUGAGAUUGAAAUAGCCUCUUGCUAGGUGGCUAAUGAAGAGUCUGUGUGUGUGCGUGUUCUAAAUUUCAUUUAUGAUGUUACGUGCCUACAAUCCUAUGAAGGAAGGAGUUGUUGAAGAAGAUAGCUUGGCUGGAGGGAGUUUCAUGACAGAAGGAAGUAUGGUGACAAAAGUUGUCCUGCAGUAGCACGACACUCUUUAUUUACAAAUAAGAGACAUGUUGUCUCAGCAAGUCUCUUAGUAAUUUACUAGUCCUUUGUA